AUGGAGUACGCAACAACAGCAGCAGCAGCAACAUAUCCUCAAAUGCAUCAAACUCAAAAUCAAAAUCCAAACCCUAAUCCACCACAGCAACAGCAACAACCAAUCUCUACUUCUUUAUACUCUUCUUAUUAUUAUCCUCCUGCCCCUCCUCUUCCCGCUGCUGAUCCCCAAAACCAGCCCAUUACUACUCAAUUCUACGCCACUGACCCCAUUACCACUCUUACACCUCCUGGGGUUGACUCCUACACUACAUACCCACAUCUUGCCUACUAUUUUGAUCCCAAUUCUCACACUUGGGCUGCUAAGGAAGCUGUUAGGCAAUAUGGCUCUGAUCCCGCUACCUUUCCUAUCCCUGUUAGGGAGAAAUCAAGAAAACCUAGGUUGGAAAAUUAUUCGCACCUUCUGAAGGUGAUGCUUGUUGAGGCAUUGGAAAGUCUGGCGGAUUGUCUCUUUGUGGAUCCAAGAUUAAGAGUUUGUUUUCGAAGUGAUUUUGUCAUGGAAUACUCCAUGCAUGUCAAGGUAGUGUAUUGUAAAGGACCAUUUAAUUCAAUUACUUUCAAUGCUAAAGUUGCAAAGGAACUACAUGUUGCUGAUGUUGUUACUCUUCCAAGCAUCCCAAUAACUCCAAAUGGCACAGAACAGUUGGCCAUUGCACAUCCAGACCCCACUUCAUGGGCCAAUCUUACGUUUCAGGCUCAAGGAAAUAGUAAUUGGAAGAAGCACCCAAAGAAAACACUGCAAAAGAAAACAAAAGUUUCUCAAUCUGCAUAUUGUGAAGUUUGUAAGGUGGACUGCAACAGCAAGGAUGUACUUGACCAGCAUAAAUUAGGAAAGAAGCACAAGAAAAACGUGGAGAAAUUACAAGCAGCUGCUGCUGGCUACAGUGUCUCAGCAGGAUCAAGUAAUCUAGUUACUGGGCGACAAGAAAACCCCAGUAAGAGUGAAAAUCGAAAUGUUCAAACGAGUAAGAAGAAGGCAUCUGAACUGUUGGAAGAUUUGGACACGAAGAGAAGAAAAAUUCUUGAAGGCGGUGCAGCAGCAGAGGCAGUCAGGGCAUGUUCAAUUUGUAAUGUGGUGUGCAACAGUGAGACAGUGUUCAAUUCUCAUCUUGCUGGACAAAAGCAUGCUGCUAUGCUGAAAAAGCUUGCAGCUGGAAUAAGAGUGGCCACUGCUACAUGA